CAAGCUUGGAGGACCCUCCCAACCAAAGGGCUGUGUCGUAUUUCGUCAUGAUAUUCUUCGGCAUCUUGGCAACGUUUGCAUUGGUCAUUCGAGUCUACACGAGGGCUUUCAUUCUUCGUCGGAUGAAGAUAGCGGAUUAUUCGCUCAUUCUAGGAUGGCUUAAUUUUGUGGCUUACCUGGUCACUGGCUGGCUUGCUGCCGAGUCUGCUCCAAUGAUCGACCAAUGGAAUCUACGCCUCAGGAAUUUUCUUGACCUUCUUUUUCGCUUCUACGUGGGUUCCGCCUGCUAUGGAGGGGCGAUGCUCUUCAUCAAAGUCGCCAUCUUGCUCAACAUACUGGAGAUCUUCUGGCUCGAGCAAACGCUAACCAGAGCAUGUCACAUUCUGAUGUGGGCCAACGGCAUCUUCUAUAUAAACUUCAUCUUUCUUCAAAUCUUUGCCUGCCGCCCGAUAAAUAAGAGCUGGGAUGUUUUCAUCACCGACGGAGCCUUUUUUAACACGCGACUCGUUACCCUCGUCGCAGGGGCAAUCAAUACCGUCUCGGACUUGAUCAUUCUCAUUCUACCUCAGCGGCGUAUCUGGGCGUUACAAUCGCCAUUACGGAAGAAACUGGCAGUAUCGGGACUAUUCUCGCUCGGUCUAUUCGCCUGCAUCUCCUCGAUCGUGCGACUGUACUAUUCCGUCAUCAUCAGCUAUUCCCCGAACCAAUCCUACUACGGCUACAUAUCGGGAAUUUGGACUGUCCCCGAAAUGGCAUUCGGAAUUAUGGUUGCCGGAUUUCCGCUCCUGCCGAAAUUCAUCAGCCAUUUGCGGGAAAACAGCCAGAUAGCCAGAUUGAAGACAUCAAUUCGGAGCUCGCGCCUGACACCCUCAGGUACAGGUCGACGUUCGAUCAUCAUCCCCUCUAACCCGUCCUCGGCACGCGCUCAUUUGAAGAGACCUAGAGAUCCUGACGAAGACUUGCUGAUCACGUCGCCGAGUCAUGCGAUUAUUGAGAGAAGCUCGGAUGGGAUGUGUUGA